CCCAAAGGCACCCUCACAUGUCAUGCUUAUACCAACUGGAUUUUGAGUCGGCUGGUUCAAGUUGUGUUGCUAAACAUAUUUGCAUGUGAAUCAAUUAUUAAGCUCAGGAAUAUGUAGCCUUUUGGAAACUUUCGCAGCUAAAGUUUGAAGUCUCUUUAUUAUACGAUGUUUUACUGAGGCUGUUUCUUUACUUCCCUUUUUUUGAGAGGUGGGGGAUGGCAAAUAACUUCCGUAGUAAAACUUCUGUUCUGUACAGCUUUUAUGACGGUUGUUUUAAACGUUCUUUGUCGUGCUUUCCUAGGGUGUGUUGAAGUGGUUGGAUGUGUUAGACGUGAAGAACUAGCAUGCUGGGAGAUGGUACCUGAAGGGGUGAGGCUGGAAGCACAAACUGAUUUAUGUUGGCUUUGCGAGCAGCCACAGAAAUUGUUAAUUCCGUUUGAGAUGCGUGGGUACCAAGGCGUUUAUAACUUGGAAAAGAAGAUAUACGAAGCUGCUAUUAGAGGUCUUACCCCGGUUGAAGGUCCCCUUCCAGUAAAAUUUUUACUUCCAAAUCCACAAGAUCCAUUUUCGUUGAAACCAGGGUCUAUCUCUGCAAAUGUCCCAGAAACUAGAACUACUGAACUGGAGAGAUCUUCAAGUCUCACAGCGGCUAUAGCUGCUGCACGAGCAGCAGCUACACAGUUCUCCAAGAAAGUUCAAGAUUUUGAAACAACUCCCCAAACCAAUACAGCACAAUCUGUAAGGACACUUCCAUUAAAGAGUGAAUCUUUUGAAGAGGAUACAACACCAUCUGCUAACUUAAGUGAGACCUCUAAUAAGGGGGCAUUAACAUCAAAUAACAAGGAGAAAAUAAGUCCCAUUAAGUAUGAGGGAAUCACCAGCCCCAUUCAACCUUCUUCUGGAGGUUUGAGACCUCAUCCUGGUGCACCUUCUAAGCUGUAUGUAGUAUUUGAUUUGAGGUUGGGUCAUUUUAACCAAAAGGCAUUACAAGGCUGCAUAGAAUAUAUCUGGUUGUGGAGUGAAGACGGAACUAUAAUAGAAUUCUUACUUUGGUUUGUAAAACAAUGCAUCAGUAGGGCAGCAUUUCGCUUAGAGGGGAGCGCGUGAAGCGGAAGAGAGACUGUCCGCAUGAGUAAUGCAAACAUUGGUGAGGAUCCAAUGCCCCAAAGCCCUCUUGGUUGAAAACAAAAGGCUCCUGAAAGUGGAAAAUAGCCCGUUUCAUCUGAUAUUUGUCAGCUGUGGGUUUAUUAAGCAUAGGCUAGCUCUAGUCACCUAAUUUGGAUCCUAUUUGAUGUAACCUAAUAUUGAUGGUCAGGAUGCAAUAAUAAACCUGGUAAUAAGUGGCGCUUGUGAUGCCAUCUUCUUUCAAUUUUUUUGAUUGUGCAUGUGUUGAAACUCUUGAUGUACUACUGUCAAUUAGUGGAGUGUAAUAGUAGCCAUUUGUGAAUUGCCUGACCUGAAGACUUUUGUCAAUGAAUUUUAGAUUUUUGCUGCAGCGGUGAGAGCACUGAAGCCGUCAUGAGAUUCAUAUAUUCUUUGAAGGUGGAACUCUGUUGCAAAAUAUGACCCUGUCGUUUGCAGCACCAAGCUGUUAUGUCAAAUUGGAAUGCUUUUCUACAUGGCCUGCAUUUUAUUGUAUAUGUAAUAUGUAUACUGGGAGUGUUUGGGUAGAUCUUGAUGUUAGUUUAGGGGGAUGGAUGAGGUAACUGCAUGAUUGUCAAAUUUGAAGUAAAUGCAAUAUGUUAUUUUUUUC